AUGGAUGCCACCAACGAGAACUCCAAGAACUCCGUCCUCAGUGACGGGGCGGCGACUGGACUGCCCAACGACGGCACUGGUGUUAUCAAGCUCGAUCCAUGGCUUUCCCCCUUCGCGGACGAGCUGAAGAAACGCUAUAGCACCGCGCAAGAAUGGAUCAAGAAGAUCAACGAGACUGAGGGCGGAUUGGAGAAGUUCAGCAGAGGCCAUGAGAAAUUUGGGGUCAAUGUGGACAGCCAGAACAAUGUCACCUAUAGAGAAUGGGCGCCGAAUGCAACACAAGCAUUCUUUAUCGAUGAGUGGAGCAGGGAGUCUCAUCCUAUGAAGAAAGAUCCCUAUGGUGUCUUCGAAGUGGUGGUCCCAGCCGUCAAUGGAGAGCCUGCCAUCAAACACAACUCCAAGAUUAAGAUCUCCUUAGUUCUGCCCUCUGGAGAAAGAAUUGAGCGUAUACCUGCUUGGAUCACAUAUGUCACGCAAGAUCUCCACAUCUCGCCCGUCUACGAUGCCCGAUUCUGGAACCCUCCCAAAGCCGAAAGAUAUGUUUUCAAGAACCCCAGACCAAAGAAGCCCGAAAGCGUGCGGGUGUACGAAGCACACGUUGGAAUCUCUUCCCCGGAGCUGAGGGUUUCCACCUACAAGGAGUUCACAAAAAACAUGCUGCCGAGGAUUCAUCACCUGGGUUACAAUGUUAUUCAGCUGAUGGCAAUUAUGGAGCAUGCGUACUAUGCCAGUUUUGGAUACCAGAUCAACAGCUUCUUUGCUGCAAGCAGUCGAUAUGGCUCUCCUGAAGAGCUGAAGGAGUUGAUUGAUACGGCGCAUGGUCUGGGGAUUACAGUUCUGCUGGAUGUAGUGCACAGCCAUGCUUCCAAGAAUGUGCUGGAUGGGUUGAAUGAGCUUGAUGGUACGGACGCCUGCUAUUUCCAUGCUGGUCCCAAGGGUAAGCAUGAGCUGUGGGACAGUAGACUGUUCAACUACGGAAGCCAUGAGGUUCUCAGGUUCUUACUCAGUAACUUACGGUACUGGAUGGACGAGUUUCAAUUUGAUGGGUUUAGGUUUGAUGGUGUCACGAGCAUGCUUUACACACAUCACGGAAUUGGAACGGGAUUCUCGGGUGGAUACCAUGAAUACUUUGGCCCUAGUGUUGACGCUGAGGCUGUUGCAUACCUUAUGAUUGCAAACGAGAUGCUGCAUGACCUCUAUCCCGAGGUGAUCACCAUCGCGGAAGAUGUGUCUGGAAUGCCUGCUUUGUGUGUAGCUUUGUCGCUGGGCGGCGUUGGCUUCGACUACCGACUGGCGAUGGCUAUCCCUGACAUGUGGAUCAAGAUCCUGAAGGAAGUCAAGGAUGAUCAUUGGGAUAUGGCCAAUAUCUGCUUCACGUUGACCAACCGGAGACAUGGCGAGAAGACAAUUGCAUACUGUGAGAGCCAUGACCAAGCGCUGGUUGGAGACAAGUCAAUCAUGAUGCAUCUGUGUGAUGCUGAAAUGUACACGAACAUGUCCACCCUCACCGCAUUGACACCUAACAUUGAGCGCGGUAUGGGUCUACACAAGAUGAUUCGACUCAUCACCCACGGCCUCGGCGGAGAAGGCUAUCUCAACUUUGAAGGCAACGAAUUCGGCCACCCGGAAUGGCUGGACUUCCCUCGCGCCGGCAAUGACAACAGUUUCUGGUACGCCCGCCGCCAAUUCAACCUCCCGGACGACGACCUCCUCCGCUACAAGUUCCUCAACGAGUUCGAUGCCGGUAUGCAGCACGUCGAGCAAAAGUACGGCUGGCUACACUCCGAGCAAGCGUACAUCAGCUUGAAGAACGAAGCCGACAAAGUCAUCGUCUUUGAGCGCGCCGGUCUCCUCUGGAUCUUCAACUUCCACCCCACGAAGAGCUAUCCCGACUACCGCGUGGGCGUCGAGAAGGAGGGCACGUACCGCGUGGUGCUGAACACGGAUGCCAAGGAUUACGGCGGCUUCGAGAGGAUCGAUAGUGGGACGAGGUUCUUCACGACGCCGUUCAAGUGGAACGAGAGAGCGAACUUUACGCAGGUUUACAUCCCUACUCGGACUGCCAUUGUUCUGGCGCUGGAGUCAACAUUGUGA